AUGUUCCAGAUCCGCGUCGAGGCCGCCGACGACGCCGUCCACACAGUGCACGAGAGCGCGUCGUUCCUCACUGGUAACCCACAGGUGCGCGUCGUCACGGGCAAACUGCGGUUCUACCGCGCAGACGAGACCAGCGCAAGUCAAAGUAACGCGAGUCGAAGUAACGCGAGUAGCACUUUGCUGCCUUUGCUGCCACUGCCGCUUGAACGCAGUGCAUUAGUGUGCGUUGUGACAGUGCCGUCGCACAUGUCGCCCGUGGAGAUUCUCGAGUUCCUGUCGGGUUUUCGAGACGACAUUGCGCUUGUGCGGAUCCUCAAAGACUCGGAACGGAGCAAUUGUAUGGUACUCGUGCAGUUCCAGACACAAGAGCGAGCGGACCAGUUCUUUCUGGACCAUACGGGCAGGUACUUUAACUCGAUCGAGCAGGAACGGUGCAAGAUUGUGUUUGUGCGCAGCAUCGAGUUUGAUGUCGUAGCUGGCGAAGACCAACUGACUUGCGAGGACGCACUCGAAGAGAAAAAGGUCGAUGAAGAAAAGGUUGUUGCUAGUGGAUUCGUGAGCUCGCGGUCAGAGACGAGAACGAGUAGAGCGCAGAUGCGGAAGCUGUUCCCGCUGCCCCCAGCUGGAAUGACCGAGAUCCCGACGUGUGCGGUCUGUCUAGAUCGACUCGAUGCUUCGGCAUCGGGUAUUCUGACGACGCUGUGCAACCACUCUUUCCACUGUGACUGCCUCUUCCGGUGGGAAGGAUCGAGCUGUCCAGUUUGUCGAUAUAGCCAUGGCGACAUUGGGUCGUCGUGUGAGGUGUGCGGCACAGCGGAGCACCUCUGGAUCUGUCUGAUCUGCGGCCAUGUUGGCUGUGGACGCUACUCGGGUGAGCACGCCAAAGAGCACUAUCAGGACACGCUGCAUACGUACUCGUUAGAGUUGGAGACUCAGCGCGUAUGGGACUACGCCGGUGACGGAUACGUUCAUCGACUGAUCUUGAACAAGCAGGACGGCAAGUUUGUAGAGUUCCCAAGUCCAAACAAUCGAAGCAGCGAGCGAUCGCAGCAUCCUCCGACUACAUCUGCAGAGGAAGAAGAAGGCGAACAUCGGAAGCUCGAAAAACUUGCAGUCGAGUACAACUUUCUUCUCAAGAGUCAAUUGGAGGAGCAGCGUCUCUAUUACGAACGACUGCUUGCACGAGGUGAGGAAGGCGAGAGCCGGCAGCUGCUGACUGCACACGAGCACGAACGCAAGCAGCUCAAGAAAGCGAAUACGACGCUAGCUGAAAAGACCAAAAAGCUCGAGGAGGAGUUGGCGUUUGUAAGGGAGCUGAACAAGUCACUGAUUGAGAACCAGAAGCAGUGGAAGGAGCGUGUACGUCUGCUAGAGGAGCACAACACACGAGCUGAGCAGGAGACAACGUUGCGGAUUGGUGACUUGGAGGGCCAGGUCCGCGAUCUCAUGUUCUACCUCGACACGCAGAACAAGGUCGAGCAGAGUGCACACCGAGAUGAUAUUGUGGGAGGUACGGUUGAGAUCGAAUCCAGGACGGUAGCUAGCGAGAAAAGUGCGGUAACUUCGUCGACAAGACGAAAGAGCAAAGGUAGGAAACGAUAG